CUCUCUCUCUCUCUCUCUCAGUUCUAUGACUUCUUUCUAGGUGCUAAAUGUUGAAACUUGAAAGCAUUCUUCAUCAUCUUACCUCUCUCUCUCUCCCUCUCUCAGUUUUUCUCGUGUAUGUCUGACUCUUAAAAACUCUACCAGAUUUCAAGCUAAAGAUCGGUACGGCUGAUCAAAUGGCGAGAUUUUCAAUACCCAUCAUGAGGUUUGUGUUCUUGUGCUUCUGGGCUGCUUCUACAGAAGCAGUGUACAUGAAAUACAAAGACCCAAAACAGCCAUUGGGUGUUCGGAUAAAAGACUUGAUCUGGAGAAUGACUCUUGAAGAAAAGAUUGGCCAGAUGAUGCAGAUUGAGCGCGGCUUUGCAUCAGCUGAUGUGAUCAGGAAAUACUACAUUGGGAGUGUAUUGAGUGGUGGAGGGAGUGUACCAGCUCCAAAGGCCUCUGCUGAGGCUUGGGUUGAUAUGGUGAAUGAGUUUCAGAGGGGUGCUCUGUCGACCCGUCUUGGUAUUCCUAUGAUUUAUGGGAUUGACGCCGUUCAUGGCCACAACAAUGUAUACAAGGCAACAAUUUUCCCUCACAAUGUUGGGCUUGGAGUUACCAGGGAUCCUGUGCUUGUCAAGAAGAUUGGGGUUGCAACUGCUCUUGAAGUCAGAGCAACAGGAAUCCCUUAUGCAUUCGCUCCCUGCAUUGCGGUUUGCAGGGAUCCGAGGUGGGGUCGUUGUUAUGAAAGCUAUAGUGAAGAUCACAAGAUUGUUCAAGCAAUGACUGAGAUCAUACCUGGCUUACAAGGAGAUAUCCCUGCUAACUCUCGAAAGGGAAUUCCAUUUGUUUCCGGAAUGACAAAAAUUGCGGCCUGUGCUAAGCACUUUGUGGGAGAUGGUGGCACAAUCAAAGGAAUCGAUGAGAACAACACUGUUAUUGAUUUACAUGGGUUACUUAGCGUCCACAUGCCAGCGUAUAUUGACUCCAUCAGAAAGGGUGUCUCAACAGUAAUGGUAUCCUAUUCGAGCUGGAAUGGUAAGAAGAUGCAUGCUAACCAUGAUCUUGUCACUGGAUUCCUCAAGGACAAACUCAAGUUCAGGGGUUUUGUCAUAUCCGAUUGGUUGGGUAUUGACAAAAUUACCUCCCCACCUCAUGCUAACUACUCUUAUUCUGUUCAAGCUGGAAUUCUUACUGGAAUUGACAUGGUCAUGGUCCCACAGGACUUCGUGGAGUUCCUGAAUGAUCUGACUUUCCAGGCGAAGAAUAAGAUCAUCCCUAUGAGCAGAAUUGAUGACGCUGUGAAGAGGAUUUUAAGGGUCAAGUUUAUGAUGGGUCUAUUUGAGAAACCAUUGGCUGAUCUCAGCUUGGUCAAUCAACUAGGGAGCCAGGAACAUAGAGAAUUGGCAAGGGAAGCUGUGAGGAAAUCACUUGUGCUUCUGAAGAACGGAAAAACUAUUGCUAAUCCAUUACUUCCUCUUCCCAAGAAAGCAUCAAAGAUACUGGUUGCCGGAAGUCAUGCCGAUAACUUGGGUUAUCAAUGUGGAGGAUGGACGAUUGAAUGGCAAGGUCUUGGUGGCAAUGACCUUACAAUUGGUACCACUAUCUUAACAGCCAUAAACAACAAUGUUGACCCUUCUACCCGUGUUGUCUACAAUGAGAAUCCUGAUGUAGAGUUUGUGAAGUCCAACAAAUUUUCUUAUGCCAUUGUCGUCGUGGGUGAGCACGCAUAUUCAGAGAUGUAUGGUGAUAGCCAGAAUCUGACAAUAGCUAAACCUGGUGUGAGCACCAUCCAUAACGUAUGUGGAGCUGUUCAAUGUGUUGUUAUUAUUGUCUCUGGUCGUCCUGUUGUGAUCGAGCCCCAUCUUGCCACAAUGGAUGCCCUAGUAGCUGCUUGGCUUCCAGGUACUGAAGGUCAAGGUAUUGCUGAUCUUCUAUUUGGCGAUUAUGGAUUUACUGGCAAGCUUGCUCGGACUUGGUUCAAAACUGUUGACCAGCUCCCCAUGAAUGUUGGUGAUCCACAUUAUGAUCCUUUGUUCCCAUUUGGAUUUGGUCUAAUGACCAAACCUUUGAGGGAUAAUUAGAACUGUCCAAGUUUUUGCCCAUAUUCUCCUCACUUAUUUUAUUUUCCAUCCAUGAAGAGCUUAUCUGGUGUAGUUAUUUUCACUCUGUAUCUGUAAGUACAGGCUUCCUACCGGAUUGAAAGCAUUAACUGAUAUGAUUCAGUAUGAAUGCGUUAUCUACCUUGGGAAAUUUUUGCAUCGUGGAUAAAUCAUGUGAUCGAGGAUGAAUGCAUUAUCCAUCUUUUGAAAAUUUUGCAUCGUGGCUUAAUCUUACUAUUGUUGGCUAUAAGAAGCGGGCGCCAUC